UUAAAAAAAUAUAAAAUAAAAAUAAAUAUCUCAUGUAAGCAAACGGGGAUGCGGCAGAGACGGGUUUUGCCUCACUCACUCAACCCAAAGAAGAAGAAAAGAAGAAACCGUUUUCCUCUUUCAUGAUUCUUCUUCUUCUUCUUCUUCUUCUUCAUCAUUGAACCAACCAACGAUCAAUUCAAAAUUUUCACAUUCUUGAGAAUUCGUUGAAAAAAUCAAAAUGGCUUCGAAGCUAACAACAUGUUUUGUGUGCUGGAAUCUCAGCACCGGCUUCGACUGUAAUCACCACCGUAACAACCGCGCAAUGCGCUCUACUUUUCCACCUUCUUCCAAACUCCGACGACACCGUAGCACUAUCAUCAUCAGUUCUCAGCAGAAAAGACAAUAUAACAAGAAAUCAUCACGCCCUUCUUCUAUAGAUGGACCUCUCAACCCACCAAACUCUAAUGAUGAUGAUUCUCUCCACAAUUUUAAUAACAAUUCCUCCUCACCAUCGGCCUUGAACGUAAAUAGAACAGAGCCGGCUGAACAGUUGUCUGAUGGUCAACUUGAGGAUUUGUUAGCCAUGAUAAAAAAUGCAGAAAAAAACAUCCUUCUUAUAAAUCAGGCAAGAGUUCGUGCGCUUGAAGAUCUUCAAAAGAUUCUUUCUGAAAAGAAAGUGUUACAAGCAGAAAUUAAUGUCUUAGAGAUGAGGUUGGCAGAGACUGAUGCGCGGAUUGAAGUUGCUGACCAGGAAAAGACACGUGUGGAACUCUUGGAGGGCCAGUUGGAGAAACUGCAUAGUGAGUUGGCUCAAAAGGGAAGCGAUGCUGAAUUGCAUGACAUUCAAACUGGAGUUUUGAGUGAUGCAAAUGAUACGAUCAGUUCCCUUACUGUGGAGCUUAAUUCAAUAAGAGAGGAAAAUGCCUCUUUGAAGAAUGAAAUAGAAUCAUUUAAAACACAGCUCAAUGAUGUCAAGAACAAUGAUGAACGUUUAGUGGUAUUGGAAAAGGAGCGUUUAUUUUUGGAAUCGGCCCUAAAAGACUUGGAAUCAAAACUGUCAAUAUCUCCGGAAGCUGUAUCUGAAUUGUCUACACUUAAAGUUGAAUGCAAGUAUUUAUCGGAUAAGGUUGAAAAUUUGCAAUUGUUGCUAGAUAAAGCAACCAAACAAGCCGACCAAGCUGUUAUAGUGCUUCAACAAAACCAGGAUCUUCAAAGGGAGGUUGAUAAAUUGGAAGCAACUCUUGAAGAAGCUAACAUCUAUAAGCUAUCAUCUGAUAAAUUGCAAAAAGAUAAUGAACUAAUGCAACAAAAGAUAAAACUAUUGGAGAACAGCCUGGAAAAAUCUGAUGAAGAUAUAAACUCUUAUGUUCAGCUCUAUCAGCAGUCAGUGAACGAAUUUCAAGAUACACUCAAUAUUCUGCAAAAAGGAAGCAAGAAAAAGACGCUGGAUGAACCAGUGGAAGAUAUGCCGUGGGAAUUCUGGAGUCAAUUGUUGCUUCUAAUUGAUGGUUGGGCACUUGAAAAGAAGAUAUCAGUAGAUGAUGCAAAGCUUUUGAGAGAAAAGGUGUGGAAGAAAGACAAGAGUAUUAGUGAUAUAUAUUUAGCUUGCAAAGGACAGAAUGAAGACGAGGCUAUAUCUUCAUUUCUUGGGCUUACAUCUUCUGCAACAAGUCCAGGAUUACAUGUGAUUCAUAUUGCAGCAGAGAUGGCACCAGUAGCCAAGGUUGGUGGCUUGGGGGAUGUUGUCUGUGGUCUAAGUAAAGCAUUGCAAAAGAAAGGACACCUUGUCGAAAUUGUACUUCCCAAAUAUGACUGUAUGCAAUAUGACCGCAUUGGUGACAUAAGAGCUUUGGAUGUGGUGAUAGAGUCAUACUUUGAUGGUCAAUUAUUCAAAAAUAAAAUCUGGGUUGGCACUGUUGAAGGCCUUCCUGUUUAUUUUAUUGAGCCCCAUCAUCCUGAUAAGUUCUUUUGGAGAGGAGACUUUUAUGGCGAGCGUGAUGAUUUUAGAAGAUUUUCAUAUUUUAGCCGUGUAGCACUUGAGUUUCUUCUUCAAGCUGGCAAGAAGCCAGAUAUCAUUCAUUGCCAUGAUUGGCAGACAGCAUUUAUUGCUCCUCUAUACUGGGAUGUAUAUGUCCCAAAAGGAUUAAAUUCAGCUAGGAUAUGCUUUACAUGCCACAACUUUGAGUAUCAAGGGACUGCACCAGCUUCAGAGUUGGAAUCAUGUGGUCUUGAUAGCCACCAUCUAAAUAGACCAGAUAGAAUGCAGGACAACUCAGCACAUAAUAGAGUCAAUUCUGUCAAGGGAGGUGUUGUAUACUCAAACAUUGUAACAACAGUGUCCCCUACUUACGCCCAAGAAGUGAGAACUGCAGAGGGGGGUAAAGGCCUCCAGUCAACUCUCUCUACCCACUCCAAAAAGUUCAUUGGUGUUCUUAAUGGUAUUGACACUGAUAUAUGGAACCCUGCUACUGAUCCAUUUCUUGACGUCCAGUACAAUGCAAAUGAUCUUCAAGGGAAAUCAGAGAAUAAGGAAGCUUUGAGAAGGAAGCUAGGACUUUCUUCUGAAGAUGUUAAGAGGCCAUUGGUUGGCUGCAUAACAAGAUUGGUUCCACAAAAAGGUGUUCAUCUUAUUAGACAUGCAAUAUAUCUAACAUUGGAGCUGGGAGGUCAAUUUGUUCUACUUGGUUCAAGUCCAGUGCCACAUAUUCAGAGAGAAUUUGAGGGCAUUGCCAACCACUUCAAGAAUCAUGACCACAUAAGGCUGAUAUUGAAGUAUGAUGAAUCUCUCUCCCAUACCAUUUAUGCUGCAUCUGACAUGUUCAUCAUUCCAUCAAUCUUUGAACCUUGUGGCCUAACACAGAUGAUAUCAAUGAGAUAUGGUGCCGUACCUAUUGUCAGAAAAACUGGUGGCCUAAAUGACAGUGUUUUUGACAUUGAUGAUGAUACAAUACCUUCACAGUUUCAAAAUGGAUUUACAUUUUUGAAUGCCGAUGAAAAGGGAAUAAACGGUGCCUUAGUACGUGCAAUUAAUCUCUACCAGAAUGAUCCUGAGAGUUGGAAGCAACUUGUUCAGAAGGACAUGAACAUAGAUUUUAGCUGGGAUUCUUCAGCAGCACAAUAUGAGGAGCUCUAUUUAAAAUCCGUGACAAGAGGAAGGGCAACAAAACGUGCUUAAUUUAGCCAAAGGAGGCUUUCUUGUGCUAUCCAUUCAAUUUUGUCGGUUUCCAACGGAUAUGGGAGAUCAGAUUCAAUGCACUAACAGCAGGAUUUAUCUGAGCAUACCUGCCAUGCAAGAACAUCUCUAAUUGAUAAUGAUUACAAAGAUUACAUUGAAUGCGACGUGGCUACCGAAAGUAUGCUGCUAGAUUAAUUCCAAUGAAGCAACAUUUCUCAUGCAUUGAUAAAUUCUAGGUGAUAUUUCAACUUAGCUAUACAUAGCAAGAUUGUGUAGUUAUUUUUAUAUUAUCCCCUCCCUCCUUUUGUACGGUUUUAUAAUAUGUCAAAGGUGUACAAAGGCCAUACAUGUAAAGUGUUACAGCUUAGUUUUCAACUAGAAAGAAUGUAUAAUUUAAUCAAAUACCAAACAAAAUAAAUAUUCUUCCAAUAGUAUAUUAUCUCUCUUGGUUAUCGUCCUGUGAUACCAAAAGUGCAUGCAA